UCAUUUGAGAGUGAGUAGAGUGAGUAGUGAGUAGAGUAAGCAACAGAAGAAUGGGGAGCAUGAGCAUAAGCAUAAGCAGCAUCACCCCCACCAGCACCACCAUCUGGUCCCCCCCAGCAAGAAGAACCACCUUCUCUACCCUUCUCCUCCCAAAACCCCAUUCUCUAGCUCUCACCCCUCGCAUUUCCAAAUCCAACAUUCCCAGAUCCUCCCGCACUUCUUCCUCCUCCUCCACCCUCUCCCCCCUCAACCUCAAGUCACGCCUCCGCAACGGCGAAACCCUCUACGGCCUCUUCCUCCUCUCCUUCUCCCCCACCCUCGCAGAGAUCGCCGCCCUCGCCGGCUACGACUUCGUGGUCGUCGACAUGGAGCACGGCCCCGCCGCCACCGCCCACGCCCUCCCCUGCCUCCACGCCCUCGCCGCCGCCAACACCGCCGCCAUCCUCCGCCUCCCGGACUCCUCCCCCACCUGGGCCAAGAAAGCCCUCGACCUGGGCCCCCAGGGCCUCAUGUUCCCCAUGAUCGACACCCCCGAGUCCGCCCGCCUGGCCGUCUCCUCCUGCCGCUUCCCCCCCUCCGGGGUCCGCGGCGCCGCCCACCCCAUCGUCCGCGCCUCCAAGUACGGCCUCGACGAGGGCUACCUCGGCAGCUACCUGGACGAGCUUCUGGUGAUGUGCCAGGUGGAGUCCCAGGAGGGCGUGCGCAACGCGCGAGAGAUCGCGGCCGUUGACGGCGUGGACUGCGUGCAGAUGGGGCCCUUGGAUCUCAGCGCCAGCUUGGGCUACCUGUGGGACCCCGGGAAUAAGAGAGUCAAGGAGACUCUCUGGGAGGCCGAGAGGAAGGUCUUGGAGACCCGAAACCACGACGUUGCGCCUGCCGGUGGGGCCUACCUCGCCGGCUUCGCCACGCCCUACGACGGGCCCAGGGAUAUGAGGUCGCGUGGGUAUCACAUGGUCAGUGGCGCCGUCGAUGUGGGGCUCUUUCGCAAUGCGGCCCUCGAGGAUGUCAUGCGUUUCAAGAUGGAUGGUUCUGAGAGUGACCAGGGAGAGGAUAAAGAGGGUGAUGAGAAGUACUGGAGUGAAUGAAUUAAUCCGAGAGGUUUUUUUUUUAAUUAAAUUUGGAUUUUUUGUAAAUCACGUGAUGUAGUUCGUUGAUGUGCUUUUAAUCUUUUGAAUGAAAUCGACUCUUUGAUCGCAA